AAUGAUCCCAGUCUUUUGGUACUGGUUGUGGAGGUCUCAGUACUUUUUACAAGUGAGAGCAGGGGUCUGGGGUCCUGAAUGUUCUGGGCUAGAAAGAGUUGAAGUGGUCUCACUCUGCUCUUCUUCUGGCUGGGGUAGGCAUGAGAGGGCAGAGCGGGGAAGUGGAAGGAUGCAGGAUUAGGAAGGAGGCACAAUGGGCUCAGGGGCUUUUAUAAGACCAGAUAGUGUGUAUUCUCUCUUCCCUCAAUCCCUCUUUUCUCCAGAUGACCUGAACAUCGGUGGCAUUAUUGGGGGGAUCCUGGUGGUCCUUGCUGUUCUGGCCCUGAUCACCGUGGGCAUCUGCUGCGCGUACAGACGGGGUUACUUCAUCAAUAAUAAACAGAAUGGCGAAAGUUACAAGAGUCCGGGGAAGACAGAUGGAGUGAACUAUAUCAGGACAGACGAGGAGGGCGACUUCAGACACAAGUCAUCAUUUGUGAUCUGAAAUCUGAUGGUGUGGCUGAGGGAGCACAUGCAAAUACCUCUACCAGAAACUCCUAUCAAGAGCAGCCCGGGAGCCAAGUGCACUUGGACAGAGCUAGACACUUGCGCAAAAGCUUUUUGUUUUGGCCAAAGUUGACCGCUACUCCUUUCUUACUUUUUAACAAGCCACAUGAAUAAAAGAAUUUCCCUCGAGAUGGGCAUAGUCAUCACAAGGAGAAAAAAAACAAAGCUGCAUUUCACUGAGGCUGAUUCCCAGUCUGUUUCUGGCCUGGCUCCCGCCUGAAUGUUAGGGUGAUCAGGAAGCUCUUGGCCACAGAGGCUGGGCUGGGCACUGUGGGCCAGUGAAGCCAGUUUAUUCCCCACUCACCUCCGUCAGCCAGGGUGAGUCCUGUGUGGGGGGCCACCAGGCAGCCAUGUAGCACCGGUAAUGCAGGGCUUGGGAGCACGACCCACUGCGACACCCUGCAGCUGCAGAGUUUAAACCAGGGAAUCCAGAAAAGAGGUGUUUUAUGCGAUGAUCUUGUUUCACAGCUGCCCCCAGCCAGCACUGCAGAUUCUUCUUGAAGGUUCUGUUCAUCAGUAUUUUAGUGUCCAUCUUGGAAAAUCUGUUUGGAUCAGAAUUUUAUGAAAACAGCCCAAAUCAGGAAGGUAAAUUGCUUGUUGGAAGAAGGGAUCUUCUUAACUGUAGGAGCCCUGCUUGUCCAUGGGGGGUGGGGGGUGGCCAGUAUUUACAUAAAACCUUCAUCUUAGGUGAAAUCUGAAAUGGUACUGAAAUAAUGUUCUGCUUUUCUAUGGGUGUUUAUUUUAUAAAAUUUUACAUUCUAAAUUUUUGCUAAAGAUGUAUUUUGGUUAUUGAAAAGAAAAUUUCUAUUUAAAUUGUAAAUAUGUUGUCAUACAGUGUUAAAUACCUAUUUUUUUAAAAAAUUUCAACUUAAGGUAGGAGUUCCAAGCUACUAGUGUUAAAUUGGAAAAUGCCAAUAAUUAAAGAGUAUUUUAACCCCAAAAAUCCUCUCAAGGAAGCUUACUGGAACAUUCCUUUUUUUCCACCUAAGUUUCCGCAUUUUUCACAAGAGAAACCUUGUCUAUACAUCCGAUCAUUGUUACUUAGGAAACCUUUAAAAAAAAUCCAGUUGAAUAAUGUCAAAAUCUAUUUGCAACUCUCCAAAAGAAACAUAAGGAGCUCUAAGGUUAGCUUUGAACGGCCUCUUCCUAGAUCACUCAGACUACCUAUGCCCAGAGACCACCCAGAAGUGCUCGGAUGUCCCUGUGAAACCACGUUCGCCAACCCCCGGGCUCGAGUCCUGUGCCCCACUCGAAGGCCAUAGUGGCUACUAACUUCAAAGGCUAGCCAGCGCGUGCACUGCCAUCUUUAUUGGCCUGACAGAGGCUUUGUGUGCUGAUGAGCUUUAUAGUGUUGGACAGUUGUAAGGUGGACACUUCAAGAAGGGUGGGUGUCUUCCCUGUGGUAUCCCAGCCUUCGGCUCCCCUGUGGCAGAGCUCUUUUUCGUUGUGGAUGGCUCAUGAAACAAAGUAGCUAUUGUUUGGUUUUAAAAUUCAUUUUACUUAUUUGUGUAGUUCAUCAGACUGUCCAGGGCCAAAGGCAGUUCUGAAAACUACAAUAAUGUUUUUUAAGAAAAUGAAUUCCACUUUUCCUCUUUGCCAUGAAGAAAGCACGGAGACACCAGGUCGUGUCUCACUUCACAGUAAACCCAUUAUGUGGUGGCGGCGAGGCCAGCCCUUUGAAGAACAUCAGGUAGUGCAGCCGGGGUGGAGAGCCUGAUGGCAAGGAAAGCGAAAUGCCUGAAUCAAGGGCAGUUUUCUGAUUUUGAUUUUAAAGUCUUUAUCUACCCAACACUGCUGCUCACUGGGUGUGGGACAUUAGAAACAUCAUUCAAAAGCCUUUGUUCUUCAAGAGCAGAUGUUCUUCGCCUCAGAUACAUUGCUGUGUUAAACUCAUGAUGUGAAGCGGUUUGAAGAGGGAGCUUCUCAGAGGAGCGCCUCCAGUUCCAUUGCGUGCUUCAAGGAUGGUUUUUAUGUAGAAGGAUGUAGUCAUCUUGGGAUUAAACUUCCAGUGUCUUAAUUUUUUAUACUUUGAGGGUUUUUUUUAAUUGAAUACUUGAGACUUAUGUUGACUUUUUUAUGUUCUGUGAAUACUCUGCCACAGGGUGUUUGGCAGAAGCAGUGGGCAACUCUUCAUAACUGCUUAAUGGUACCCAUCUUCUUUUGCGUUUGUGUCUUGAAUGCUUAGACUUAAUCUUCACCCCCUCUUGGUAGAAAGGGAUAGUGUCCCCGUUCUCUAAUUGUUGGGGAGCAACACCCUAGCUGCCAUCUUGGUUGUCCUAGUGAUAGGACAGCCCCGACUCCCUUCUUAUGACCGUAACACCACCUAGCCUUGUGCCAUGUGAACUGGGGCUGACAGAAGUGAGUAUGGAGGCUGGAAAGUUGUUGCCGUAGACAGAAAAGGAAUAUUCAUAUGUUUUUAAGAUGUGAAUGUGACUGAAGACUCGAAGCCUCUGCAAGGCUAUCGUGGCCUCUGGUGUAGCUGUGCUGUACAUAGACAUUGCAGACUUGUACUAACACACCUGUAAGUUGGUAUUUGUUAAACCUCAUUUAUAAAAGCUUUUAAAAAAUCCA